AUGGAUGCUUCACCACCUUCAACAUCGGCUCACUAUAGCAACUCUGCAGACAGCUCCCCAAAGACCCCUCAAAGUGAUAUGGACAUGCCACAACAUACUGACAUGCCCCAGACUGGCGAAUCAUCCAAGCAAGACAAUGCAGCGAAAAUAUCUGACAAGCCUCGAGGCGUCACGCGGCAGGUCGCCAACGACUUCUAUAACUUCUUGAAAGGCCUGGCCACGAAGACGGAGAAAAGACGACGCGUAAGCGAGCAACACAGAGCAGUUGACACUGUCGAGACGCAGUUCGCUUCGCCCCCUUUCUUAGCCUGGGCAAAUCCACGCACUUCUUCUGUUGCUGAUAACGACAAUGCAGAGGAUGAAGAAGCUGCUGUUGUCACCCCUACGUCGGCCGAGGAAGAUGACUGGGGCCGGCGUGUUCGAGACCAGAUCAUCGCACUCAAGCCAAAGCAGCACGACUGGUCGUAUUGGGGACCAACCAGUACCAUCCCCCAACAUAAGUUGAUGGCGCUGAUGAGAACCCUGCAACAAGACAUCAAGAAUGGUUUUGAAGAGCAUACCUUCCAAUAUGUAGACAGACUGCAUGGCGCCUUCAACAGUGCCUACAUCCUCGAAUCAAAGGGCGUCAAAGUCUGCGUUCGUGUACCAGCCUGUGGUUGGCCCGAGCGAUGGACGGAGGUUGAUCAAGACGAUUUGAGAGCAGCCGCGCUGGGUCUGCGAUACAUGAAGAACAACACAUAUCUGCCAACCCCGGUACUUUACUCCUACGAUAUGACCAUGGACAAUGAGAUCGGAGCCCCAUAUACGUUGAUGAGCUUUGUCGAGGGAACUACUGCCGACACCAUUUGGAAGGGUAGCUGCAAUCCCGCAGGGGCGAUCGAGAAUAAGCGGCAAAACUUCCUUCGAAGCUUGGCACAGAUGGUUUGUGGUCUGAAAGAUGUUCGCUUCGAUCAGUUUGGCACCAUAGCGUUCGACUGGUCAGACGAUGAAGCCCUGGAUCCGCAGAUAAGCUUUGGGUUCCGUUUAAAUGGUUCCAACAUCUUCAUGGUCCACAGGAGCUUCAACAUUCUGCCUGUGCAGAACUCCGUAGAAGCUAUGCUCGCCUCCGGCAAGGCAAAGCGAUUCGAAGCCGACGGGUAUCCAGAGCAGAUCAAGGACGCCAGCAAGAGGGGCAUAUACAUACUCUGGGAGAUGAUGAUCGAGGCUUUCGAGAAGAGUACCAAGCCACCAUCUGGCGAACCAGAGUUUGUCCUGAUGCAGUCGGACUUCAACCCUCAGAAUAUCCUCAUCAACGAUGAUGGUGUCGUCACAGGAUCGAUCGACUGGGACUGCCUUGAGGCCAUUCCAAGGCAGGUUGGUUGGAGCUGCGUGCCUCACUGGCUGGCGCUGGACUGGGCAUGGGACUAUGACUGGCCACUAGGUGCCAGUGUAUCUGACGACCUCAAGCCCGACGACUACGUCAGAUAUCGCAACGACUAUGCUCGUUACCUGUGUGAGGCUUCUGGAGGUCACUUCGACUCUGCAUAUACCGCAAAGUCCCACAUCUAUCGCCACUUCUUCGCCAGCUUCGAAUCAUACCCUUGGGUGAGAAGGUUUGUGUCGAACGUGAUGGCAGAGAUCUUGCCAAGAAACGGCUUCGUAUUCAGAGAGUACGCAAAGCACGUUGGUAAGGAUGGCUUCCACAAGGGAGAGCGGGCGUGGUUGCAGGAGCAGUUGUUCCGAUUCUUUGCGCCCAAGUAG